AUGUCUGCAGCUACAUAUUUACCAGAUGAGUGUUGGGAAUUUGUGUUGGGAUUCCUGAACAACAAACAGGACCACCAUUACUUGGAGUCUCUGUCCCUCGUCUCCAAGCAACUCCUCUCCAUCACCAACCGCCUCCGAUUCUCCCUCGCCAUUCACGAUCCAACUCUCCCCUUCCUCCCUCGCCUCUUCCACAGGUUCCCCAAUCUCACCUCCCUCGACCUCACGCACUUCCACGGUGACCUCGACGCGCUUCUCCUCCAAAUCUCGCGCUACCCCUUGCGCCGCCUCACAUCCCUCGACGUCUCGCACCAUGAAACGUUUCCGGCAAAUGGGUUGCGAGCUUUGGCCGAAAACACGAAAACAUUGACCUCCCUCACCUGCUCCCACAUGGGUUCUCUCGCCAACGCCGACCUCCGCCUCAUCACCGAUUGUUUCCCUUUCCUCCAAGAACUCGACCUUAGCAGCAAUGUCCUUAGUCGUACUCGUACGGUAGAGCCUUUGCCCAAGCUCCUCCGCAAGGUUAAUCUCUUUGGUGACGAGAACUUCAUUACCGAAGAAGCGCUUGUCAGUGUGUGCAAGAACUGUGAGUUUCUCGAAGAAGUGACGAUCUCUGAUUGCACUUCCAUAACCGCAUAUGGCAUUGCUUCCGCGAUCCGCCAGAGACCCGGUUUGAGGUCUUUCUCUGUUGACAGCUUAAGGGGAUCUGUCACUGCUAGUUCUAGCUUCAUUGAUUCGUUGGUGAGUUUGAAGAGCUUGACUUGUCUUCAUUUUAGGUAUUUAUCUAUCUCGGAUGAGUUGCUCUGCUCUGUUGCAGAGGAAGGUCUUCCUUUGAGGAAGCUUGUCCUCCAUUGUUGCAGAAACUACACCUAUUCUGGAAUCUUGUAUUUGUUGUCAAGGUGUCAGUUUGUCCAGCAUUUGAAUCUUCAAUAUACUGAAUUUCUGAAUGAUCAGCUUCUCACCGAGUUGUCAGUGUUUCUGGGUAAUUUGAUAUCUAUAGACAUUAGUUUUUGUCAGGGGCUCACAGAGUCAGCCCUUUUUGCUCUUAUCAGGAACUGUUCUUUGCUCAGUGAGAUCAAAAUGAUGUUUACAGGGAAUGGGAAAGAGAAGGUCCAGUAUUCCAAUUCUUUCAUGAAUGGUUGUGUGAACCCUCAGGUGAAGUUUCUCCAUUUGCCUUUUAAUUCAUGGCUGGGAGGUGAAAUCAUCAAAAUUUUGAGUUUGAUCUGCCCCAAUUUGGAGCUUCUUGACUUGCGAUCUUGCGGUACUGAAGAUGUUGUUGAAGUUUUAAGGAGAUGCUGUAAAAUUAGGCAUUUGAGGGUAGACCAUUGUUCAUCAGUGAAGCUGCAUGGGAUGAACUUUAAAGUUCCCAAUCUGGAGGUGUUGAGUUUGGCGUAUUCAGGAAUUGAUGAUGAAACACUCUCUGUGGUCUCAAAGAGUUUCCGUGGGCUUCUGUACCUGAAUUUGGAAGAUUGUCCAAAUGUCACAGACAAGGGUGUGAGGCAAGUAGUAGAAAACUGCAAACAACUAAGAGAGAUAAAUUUGAGUUACUGUAAACAAGUGGUUGGUAGUGAUGUUGCUUGGAUGGUAUCUUUAAGGCCAACAUUGAGAAAGAUAAUGGCUCCGCGUUAUUUCCAUCCUACCCGUAUCCGGAAUGAACUCUUCUUCUUGCGUCAUGGAUGCCUUGUCUUGGCAUGA